CACUCACAUGCAUCGUCUAUAAAUGUACCUAUAUCGUCAUCGCUCCUUGAUAAGCAAGAAGUUGCACGUAUAUCCCUACACAGUCACGCAGGAAACUUCAUGGAGGUAGAGAGGGUGCAAGCUAUCGCUACCUUGUCCUUGAACACCGGCUCCAUUCCGGCAGAGUUCAUACGGCCGGAGAAAGAGCAGCCGGCCAUGACCACAUUUCGCGGUCCCGUGCCUGACAUACCCACCAUUGAUCUCAGCCAUCCCGACCAGGACCGUCUGGUGGAGAUGAUCUCUAAGGCCAGCCAGGAGUGGGGUUUGUUCCAGCUCGUGAACCAUGGAAUACCCUGUGACCUGCUACAAAAGCUGCACAGUGUUGGGAAACACUUCUUUGAACUCCCCCAGGAGGAGAAGGAGAAGUACGCCAAGCCACCUCAAGGCUUCGAAGGCUACGGAACCAUGCUUCAGAAGGAUCUCUACGGCAAGAAAUGCUGGAACGACCAUCUUUUUCACCUCAUCUGGCCUCCCUCCAAAAUCAACUACCAGUUUUGGCCAGAGAAUCCUCCGUCUUACAGGGAUGUGAACGAAGAGUAUGCAAAGUAUGUGAGGGAGGUGGGAGAUAAGGUGUUCAGGUGCCUGUCAUUAGGGUUAGGGCUGGAGGAGAAUGCGAUGAAAGAGGCGGUGGGAGGAGAGGAGCUACAGUACAUGUUGAAGAUAAACUAUUAUCCACCGUGUCCUCGCCCUGAUCUGGCCUUGGGAGUCUCUCCUCACACCGACUGUUCCACUCUCACCAUUCUCGUCCCGAACGAAGUUCCGGGCCUUCAAGUUCUCCACGAUGAACGUUGGAUCGACGCCAAGUAUAUCCCCAAUGCUUUGAUCGUUCACAUCGGCGAUCAGAUUCAGGUUUAGUUUUCCUCCCUUUCCUUGACCACCUCAUUUUUUCCAGCAUAUGCGUGCCACGGCAAACAAAAUACUCCCUCCGCUUCAAAUGAUAAAACAUUUUUUUCGGACUAAA